UGUUGCUGUGGGUCACAUAUUCAUAAAUUACAAAAAUAUAACAUUUAUCAUGGAUUCUACAUCGCCUUGUGCUAAUUUUAAUGUUAAUUAUGUUUAGUUUAAAUCUACCGACCGUUUUGCCUAGUGUACGUCUAAGUGUUAGUGUUUAGUUUGCUUCCAGAUAGUACAGUGUUUGCGCGAAUAAAUUGUUAUCAAAAAUAUUUUAAAUAAGUAGAAUCAUGUGGAUAACUGUUAAUUUAAUCAAUUAUCACCUUCCGUUCAGCCUAAUAUAGAAAUCUAUUUAUACAUUGUGUAAAAAACAAAGUUGAAAUCGAUCAAAGUGGGUCAACGCAGUGUUGGUAUUAUUUGAUUACAAUGAAUGAGAAAAAGUUGGUUCAAAACUUCAAGAGUUACAUCAAUGUAACUCCUCUGAGUAAAGGAGAAAAAAAUGGUUCACUGCAAGAAGUGAAACCAAAGCUUCUCAAUGGCGAGCUGGUGACAGGCGCGGCACACAGCGUGGUUCUGCUGACGCCGCUCAGCGAGUGGGACCGCGGCCGCUUCGGCUCGCUCUUCGUCACCAACUACAAGCUGUCCUUCGUGCCCUUGGAGAACUCAACCAAUGAUGAGUACUGCCAACGGAACUUCUUGCUUGGCGCCUUCGACGUGCCGUUGACGGGCGUAGGUGCCGUAUGGCUGACGGACGGCGGGCCGCAGCGACGGCGACGGCUGAUGCCGUACGGUGACAUGCCUGGCAAGGUGAAAGGACUUCAGGUCAUAUGCAAGAACAUGAAGGUGCUAACAUUCAGCUUCGCGAACUCGCCGAUCGACAACGGCAGGAAAAUCGCCCUCGCGCUCAUGCACCACGCCUUCCCGAAGCGACACGACCUCCUCUUCGCAUUCGAGUACAGAGAACCGUACUACCCCACUCUCCCUUCAGACAUGAACAUGUUCCAACGCCCCGGGGACUGGAAGAGGGAACUCGAACGAUGUGAAUGUCCUCAUUGGAGGAUAACCUGCAUAAAUGGGACCUCAGAUGCCUUCAUGCUGACAGCUGGGGAGACACUCAUAGUACCCAGUUCGGUGUUAGAUUAUAAUUUGAUGGAGUCGGCGCGUCACUUCAGGUCGGGGAGAGUGCCUAUAUGGGUUUGGGGGAGGCCUGAAGGGGCGGCGUUAUUGAGAAGUGGAGAGUUACUCAGUACUGAACAGUCGGCGACGGCGGAAAGCGUAUUGUUGGAACAGGUGCGUCGCUCCCACCCGAAGCUAACACCGCCACACGUAUUGUAUCUCUGCGGCAACUCAUUCACGAACGCCGGGGGACCAGGCAUACUGCCGCCCCUGUCUACACUACAGACAUCUUAUAAGAAACUAGUGGAAUUAUGCACGCCGACCACGCUUGGACAGUUUUGGUUGCAAGAUUCUCAAUACUACUCGAUCCUGGACGCGAGCCGGUGGCUGCGCUACGUGGCCAACUGCAUCGCGUUCGCAGACGACGCCGCCACGCAUCUCGCUAACAACGUCACUGUUGUCUUACAAGAAGGUGACGGUGUAGAUUAUUCGUCAGUGGUGUCAUGCCUCACACAAUUGCUAGUCGACCCACACUUCAGAACAAUAUCGGGCUUCCAGUCACUCAUACAGAAGGAAUGGAUCGCGUUAGGACACCCGUUCUGCGAUCGAUUCGGUCUACCCCGUCCUGGCAACCCAAAAGAGUCCACAGCCAAAGAGGUGACGUCAGCUCAGACAGCCCCCGUGUUACUUUUAUACCUGGACUGCGUGUGGCAACUCCUGCAGCAGUUCCCGGCACACUUCCAGUUCACGGAGACCUAUCUGACGACCCUGUGGGACUGUGCACAUAAUCAUAUAUUCGAUACCUUCCUGUUUAAUUGUGCGAGGGAUAGAGAGCUCGCUGUUGCAAAGAACUUCGUUCAGCGGCCGGUGUGGGACUGGGGCGAGCAGUUUUCAGAACAAGACAAGGCGUUGUUCUACAACCCGCUGUACAUGGGCGCCAAGCCGACUACUACUCCCUCACAGAGGCUAUCACAAUCUUCGCUACCAAACAAAUCGGCGACUGAACUGAACCGACUAGAGCCCUGCACAUCAGUAGCGGGCAUGGAACUAUGGUCCCAGUGCUACGAGCGCUGGCUGGCCCCACUCGACUCGCCGCAGUCGGGCACCAUACAGUACCACGUGCACAACUACACCGCGCUGAAGCAGAUUCACCAACUAAACGAGAAGCUGACAUCCCUAUCCAUCUUAUCAAGUCGGCACUCCAACGGCGAGGAGUCGUCAGAAUCCCAGCGAAAGCCGGUGUCCCGGUUCUAUCCGUUCAGCGUGAACCGGUCAGACAUAGUCACAGGUAACCUGGACGCUAUGCAAGUCAGCCUUAUAGACGCUAGUCAACUCCUGGACUCACAGUCACUACUUAACGCCCCCGACUAAGGACCUACCAACCUAUUCACUAAACAUAUUUAAAAAAAUGGAAUGUAAGAAGUUGACAGUGACAUUUCAUGUAAAAGUUGACAGUGACAGUUGAAAAUUGUGUUAGAAUUAAACGUGUUUAGUGAGUGGCAAGCAUAGACAUAAUAUUAGUAAACA